CCCCGCCCCUCUCUUCCCACUGGCCUUUUCCCCCCUCGCAGCUCAAACUCCCGCUCACGCGCUCAGUUCCUCGGCUCUCCGGGAGAAAAGUGUCGCGCGGUUCCUCGGAAUAAAGUCUGGAAACAUGGGGGAAGCCCGGACUCCGGCGCGGAUGUUUUUGUGGAGCAUGGCGGCGGUGUAUUUGUUCGCGUUUGCAUCCAUAUACAUCCAGAUACCAGGUCUGUAUGGGGAUGAGGGCGUAGUGCCUGUGCGUCUCUCGAUGCCCCGUGUGCAGAGUCCUCUGCUGGAGCAGCUGCAGGCCGCCCCGUCCCUUCUCUGGCUGGGUCCCACCCUGGGCCUCGGGCCCCAGCAAUGCCUGGAAAUCAUCUGCCUGCUGGGGGUUCUGCUGAGUCUGGGAGCUGUGCUGAUAGGAGCACUCAGAGACAGCGUGGUCUACCUCUGCCUCUGGGCUCUUUAUCUUUCCCUCUACACUGUUGGGGGAGACUUUCUUCAUUCUGAAUGGGACAGUCUGCUUUUGGAGGCGGGGUUUCUGGCCGUCCUGGUAGCCCCCCUCGGCCUCCUCCGAAGAUCCUCCAGCGCGGCACAUCACGAUUCUGUCACCUUCUGGUUGACCCGCUGGCUUCUGUUUAGGCUGGUGUUUUCUACUGGCGUGAGCAAGCUGGCCAGUGGAGACCCGUCCUGGUGGGACCUCACAGCGCUGAGUCGGCAUUUUGAGACUCAAGCUAGUCCCACCCCUCUGGCCUGGUACGCCCACCAGCUCCCUGAUUGGCUGUCGAGGCUUGGUGCAGUUUGCAUAAUGGCAGAGGAGAUUGCCGUUCCCCUGCUGAUGUUCUUCGCUCCAAUUCGCGGUUUGAGAAUCUCUGCGUUUUAUAUCCAGGUGUCUCACCAGCUGUGCCUCAUGCUUCUGGGUGGUUCCAGCCUGUUGCACUUGCUGACCAUUGCUUUAAGCUUUUCUCUGUUGGAUGAUGAGCAGUUCAACAUCCACAAGAAAAAGACCAAGACAAAGACUUGGGGCCAGUUUUUGGGCUCAUUUCUGAUUUUGCUGGUGAAGCUGGCCGUCUACGCUCUUAUUGUAGUUGGUGCCAUAAUUCUUUUCAAACUGGAGAUCAACUGGGAAAAGAAGACUGUGACCUCUAAAACAGACUUCAGUCACAAGGCCUUUGAUAAUUUUCUGAGCCAGAUUCAGACUCCGACCAUUUGGGUGGGAGUGCUCUCCCUGACGUGGGAAGUGGUAGCUGCUGUGCUCAAAUGUGUGUGUGCCCGAGGCAUUCUGAACAAGCUCCUGGCUCUCAUUCAGUGGGCCAUCUUUACUGCUGCUGCUGUGGGGGUGUUCACACUCAGUCUAGUUCCAUACACGGCUAUGGCAGGAUUGUCUGGCAAAAUCUUACCCGGAGUGAGAAAGGCUUUCAGCACAGUGGAGAAUUAUCAGCUGGUUGGAGCGUAUGGCAUCCAGCACAGAAUGGUUCCUCCUGCAGGACGGCCUGAGAUCAUCAUUGAAGGCAGCACAGAUAAGAAGUCCUGGACGGAACUGAGCUUUAUGUAUAAGCCGGACAGUUUGACCAAGAUUCCUCCGGUUGUUGGGCCCCACCAGCCUCGGCUAGACUGGCUUCUGUGGGAGGCUGCUCGUGGGGAGCACGACCAGAACCCCUGGUUUACGGGCUUAGUUAACAGUCUACUGGAGGGCAAAGCUGACGUGGUGAAUCUGCUGCAGGUGGAUGAAGCUCAGUACCCCUUCAGCCAAACUCCUCCCACUUUCAUUAGAGCGAGAGUUUACCACUAUCACUUCACCCAGACCGCUGAGGAUGGGACUCAUCCGCAGGCCUGGUGGAAGAGGCAGUAUGUGAGGGAGUUCUUUCCUGUAGUGCAGUUGGGAGACCAGACACUUGAGGGGCUGCUGAAAGAGGCUGGACUGAAGGAGAAAUUCCCAGUCCAGCCAAUUUCAGACUCGCCUGUAACCCAGGCCCUGAGUGUGCUGCGGGGGCAGGUGAGGGGAAUUUGUGGCCCUCUGGUGCUUUUAACCCUGUUUGCCACUGUGGCCACCAUCCUCCUCCUGAAAUCCCUCUUCUCUCGGACCCACACCUCUAAAGGACCAAAGCCUAGACCGUCCUCCUCUGAGCACAAGAGUAAGAAACCUAAAGAGGCUCCUGAAGCCUCUGAGAAAAACCGUCCUGCUCCCAGUCGAGGGGGGAAGAAGGAUCACUCCGAAGAGAGAAAGCUGGACUCGUCGGACAGAAGCCCCCGCAAGAGAAAGUGAGCUCCAGCUGCCACAAUCCACCACUCUCUCUUUCUCAGGAAAAAGAAGGCAUGAGGGAAGAUCUUGCUCUUGUGUAUUUGUUUAUCUAAUGCCACAGUUGCCAUCCGGUUUCUGCAUUCAUUAAAAUUAUGUUCCUAUUGUCCUGUUUGUGAUCAUCAAGGUGUUACUUUUGUCUGCAUCUUUACAACAUACUUUCUCUCUCUGUCCGUCAGAUUAGAUCUGUUUCUCAGUGAUCAAAUGUGCUAAGGGUCUUAAAUAAUAAUUGCUCAUCAUCUUUGGAUAACUGUUACAUGUUUUUGUAAUGAUUCAGAGAAUAGAUCAUGUCCUUUAACCCUGUUUAUCUGACUGUAAGUCACAAGUAACUGCAAAAAUAGCUUGAAAUCAAGUGUUACUUUUGUAAAAGCACUUUUUUCCUCAAAUGUUUUGUGUAACAAUUGUCCCAUAAAUGAAUGAACGAUGUUGAGAUGUAUAAUUUUGUCCCACAUUGUAAACGGUUGACAACUAUAAAAGUGUGAUUUCAUAA